AUGGUUACCAAACCUACUUUAGCUUCCGAAUCUUCUUGUCCUCUUUUUUUAUUUGCGGAGAGGGUAAAAGAGACUCGGCAGCUAAAAAUAGGUCAAAUAGGUUUGGUUACCACGGACUACGGAAACCACGUGAACCUUGUAGAACAACUUUCUUGGGGACCACCUGUCCAACAUGGCGUCACCUAAAGAGGGGAUCUACAUGUACGUUAUUAUCUUCGCCGUCCAACUGAUAGUGGUCUCGACGAAGAACGCCGACCGUCCCUUCGGCGGACCUCCCCUGCCCUCCCGACCGUUUCUCGCCGUGUGGAACGUGCCCUCGUCCCGGUGCGAAGUAGAAUUCGGGGUGGACCUCAGUCUUAACUCGUACAACAUCGUGGCCGACCCUGGCCAGAAACGGAACGGCACCUACAUGACCAUCCUCUAUUGGAACAAAUUCGGGCUUUGGCCUUACUACGACGACAAAAACACACCUGUCAAUGGAGGAAUACCACAGCUUGCGAACAUCACGGCUCAUCUUACCAAAGCUGCUGAGGACAUCGAGGCAGGAAUCCCGGAUCCAGACUUCCAGGGGCUGGGCGUGAUCGACUGGGAGAAGUGGAAGCCCCUCUGGCACAGGAACUGGGGCUACCAGAUAAUCUACAAGAAUGCAUCUCGUGACUUGGUGGAAAACCGGCAUCCUGACUGGCCUAAAGAAAAAAUCGAGGCUGUCGCAAUGGAAGAAUUUGAGACGGCAGCCCGGACCAUGUUCGAGGAAACCAUCCUUCUGGCACGGAAGCUGCGUCCCAAAGGAUUCUGGGGAUAUUAUCACUUUCCCGCCUGCUACAACAAUAAGAAGAGGAAAACAGGAUACAGCUGCCCGGAAAAGGAGACGAAAUUGAACAACCAGAUCCAGUGGCUGUUCCAAGAUAGCACAGCGAUAUAUCCAUCUAUCUACCUCAAGAGUCGUUUUGAAGACUCUCAGAAGUUGGUGUACUUCCGCAUGAAGGAAGCAUUCCGUAUGAGAGCAUCACGGACUGAGCAACACAUUCCUGUUUAUGCAUACACCAGAUUUGUUUAUGUAGAUAGUGGAGAAUACCUAACAAAGACGGAUUUGAUCCACACGAUUGGCCAGACAGCUAACCUGGGUGCUGAUGGGAUAGUCAUAUGGGGAAGCGACCUGGAUACUAAAACAAAGGAAAAAUGUCUGAAACUCCAAAGCUACCUCCAGACCACGCUCGGUCCUUUCAUCUUCAACAUCACAACUGCAGCUGAGAGAUGUAGCCAACAACACUGCAGUAGCCACGGAAGGUGUGUCCUAGCAACGGGGACGCGUAGCCAUGGCAACCGUUUAUUCUUUGAUCAACGCAGUGAGGUGAUCAAAGGAAACGAAUUAGUGGAAGAUAUUUUCGGAGUUUCUUACUGGAAGACGACUGUAGAAGGCCACACUGGAAAGAACGCAAAUCACUUAGCUUGGAGAAUAAACAAGCACGUCGGCUUUCCUACCUGUAAAUGUUACCCAGGGUGGACUGGAGAGAGUUGUCAGGACAAAAUGUGAAGUUGGAAACAUCGCGCAGUUUGGGAUGUAUGGCACGAAGCUUGCUAAUUUAUCUCAGGAAAGAAAGAAAUGAUUGUUUUGUCUUUUGAUCGGAUCAACGAGAUCAUAAUAUUGCAGAUAGAAUCGAAUGCAAAAAUUGAAAUAA